GCGAAGGAUAGGCAUAGUCGAACGCCGCUAUCGUGGGCCGCUGAUAGGGGUUAUGAGGCCAUCGUCAAGCUGCUGCUCGAGAAGGGCGCCGACAUCGAGGCGAAGGAUAGGCAUAGUCGAACGCCGCUAUCGCGGGCCGCCCUUAGGGGACACGAGGCCAUCGUCAAGCUGCUGCUCGAGAAGGGCGCCGACGUCGAGGCGAAGGAUAGGCAUAGUCGAACGCCGCUAUCGCGGGCCGCUGAUAGGGGCCAUGAGGCCAUCGUCAAGCUGCUGCUUGACAAGGGCGCUGAAGUAGAGGUGAAGGAUGAAGGUGGUGGGAUGCCGCUAUUGUGGGCCGCCGAGAGGGGGCACGAGGCCAUCGUCAAGCUGCUGCUCGAGAAGGGCGCCGACGUCGAGGCGAAGGACAAACAUGGU